AUGGCGGCAGAUCGAAAUGCUCUGGUGGCGUCCCACAAGCUCCUGCCCCAUCGCCGGGCAGCUGCGGUGGGAGCCCGGCUUCCUCCCCGGGGAGCGGGGCGGACCCUGCUGGCCUCGGAGGGCCGCUGUGGAAACCGGGCGGCGUGGUCCUGGUCUCGGGCGCUCCGCCGGGCGCUGGUUGUGGCCCCACGGCUCCUGGAUCUGGACGUGCACCCCGGUGACAGAGGGAACCGAAGUCAUUCUCUGUUUUACGCCUUCGCGACGGCCAGGAAUGGAGCUCUGUGCUUCACGCUGUCUUCUGCGUACGUGUUUCGUCUCCAACGCCAACCACAGCUCUGCCUGCAGCAGAGGGCGAAAUGUGCCUGCUGUCCGUCUCUGCGGGGCGAUGUCCUGGCGGCCCAGGACGUAUUUGCCCCAAACGUCCGGCAGACACCAGGACGGCCACUUGUGGAGACGCAGACGCACCCAGGCUGGUCGGUCGAAGCCUCGGAGAAGCCGACAGGGCCGCGCGUGUGGCAGAGCGGGACACGCUUCCCCUGGCAGAGGCGAGCCCGGUCCUCUGGCGGCCGUGGGGCCGGCUCUCCGCACCCCUGCCGCACGGGCCACUGCGGCCUCGGGCUCAGGCGCUGGCGCUGUUCAUUGCUGGGUUUCGCAUUUGUUCGGGGCUGGCCGGUCCCCCUCUCCCCCUCUGCCGGGUUCUGCGAGUCUUUUGCAGCCCGACUGCAGCCACGGACAGGUGGGGGAGCCGGCUCCGACUGCAUGUCUUUAGGACUCUGCCGGCGAGAGCACCCGCUUCCUCGUUGCAGACGCCGCGGGCAGCAGAAGCGGCUCCGGCUCGCGCGGUCACGGCCCGGGAGGCUGGCGGCUCACGCGCUGUCCUCUGUGACCUCUCUCCUGCUCGGGGCUGCGGCCAGCUCGCCCGCAGGAACAGCUGAAAGGCGUCACGAGAUCGUUUUACUGCAGAAAGCAGUUUUGCAAUUGCAGGAAUUUCCAAGUGUCCUGAAUCGACACACGAAGCCGACCCAGGCCGGUCCCCGAGCUCCCGCACGGCUUCGGCCCCGGGGUCGAGGGGUGAACCGGACUCGGAUGAGCAGGAGCAGGAGGGAAACGUGGGAGGGACCCGGCGGGGAGGGGUGAGGGCAGCACCCACGACGCAGCGGGAUGGGUGGGCUGGUGGCCGGCGCUUCGCCUGUGACAAUGUCGGGGCCACUGGACCACCCGUUGGAGGGCGCAUGGGGGGCAGGGAGACGAGACAG